GUUUCUCCUUCGCGUUAGCUCUCUUCCAGCUGCGACCACAGAAAGCUCCGUUUUCAAUCCGGGGUUUUGAAGUUUGGGCUCUGGUCCCUAAUGAGAAUCUAUGGAAGCUCUACCCCUAGUUUUAAGUUUCAUCCAAUAAAGAACCUAAAGGAGGGGCCGACAGGCGGGUCAGUGACGCAAUGCAGACUGAUUGGCAUUCAAGCCAUCGACGUCCUGGAUUAGCCCCGAGUUUCUCCAAUCCAGAGGCAGGGGUGGGACGGUGCAGGCGCAGAGAAUUAGGUUUGGCUGGACUCGAUUUAAAGAGACAGAAGCUGUCGGGGUCCAAGAAGACGGUCCCCAAGACCCUCCCCCCAAGUCCUUGGGACCACUUGGGUCCCCAAAGCUGGGGAGAUGGUUUGCGGUGGCUUUGCCUGCUCCAAGAAUGCGCUAUGCGCGCUGAACGUGGUCUACAUGCUGGUAGGCUUAUUGCUCAUUGGAGUGGCUGCUUGGGGCAAGGGCCUGGGUCUGGUGUCCAGCAUCCACAUCAUCGGAGGAGUCAUUGCUGUGGGAGUCUUCCUUCUUCUCAUCGCGGUGGCUGGACUGGUGGGUGCUGUCAACCACCACCAAGUGCUGUUGUUCUUUUACAUGAUCAUCCUCGGUCUGGUCUUCAUCUUCCAGUUUGGAAUCUCUUGCUCAUGUCUUGCUAUUAACCGAAGCAAACAGACGGAUGUCAUCAAUGCUUCUUGGUGGGUCAUGAGCAACAAGACCCGGGAUGAACUGGAAAGAAGUUUUGAUUGUUGUGGCUUGUUCAAUCUCACAACCCUGUAUCAACAGGAUUAUGCUUUCUGCACUGCAGUGAGUUGGUGCAGAGAUCUGCAAGAGCCGGAGCCCCACGUGCCAGAUGUGUGGAGAAAAGUUUCUGAAGCAUUCAGAUGAAGCCCUGAAAAUCCUGGGGGGUGUUGGACUCUUCUUUAGCUUUACAGAGAUCCUUGGUGUUUGGCUAGCAAUGCGAUUUCGGAAUCAGAAGGAUCCUCGAGCUAACCCCAGUGCCUUUCUAUGAGACUCUGGAUCCUUCUGACUUCUCUCCUGCUCUCUGUUCUCCCUAAGCUUUUCUUCCUCCCUUAGGGAAAACUUAGGGUCUAGAGCCCUUUUUGCAAAAAAGGAAAGGCCCUUUGUCACACCCCCCAAAGGUGACUGAACAGCCAGGCUGUGUGCCUUGACAUGUUCAGUGGGAGCAAGAAUCUAAGGAAUGAAGAGCAACUUCCUCCCUCUCUCCCAAAGUGGAUAUGGGAAGCUCCUGGGAGUGCAUGAAAUGGGAUGGGGGUUGGAGUCAUUCCUGGCUGUUUCCCCUUCUUUUCCCUUCCACAUGCUGGACCACCUCAAUACAUCUUGGCCUGGCUCCAAGGGUAAAUCAGGGACGGCCAGGAAAAAAACCAUCAAGAACUCUUUCUUACAAUAAGUAGGACCCAGUUAGGGGAAGUUCAGUGAAUAUAAAAAUAAAAGCCAUUUAAACUCUGUAUUCAAAGAA